AUGUUCGCCAGCUGGAAAUUAACCCUGUUGCAGAGCCUUCUCCUUGCGAGUAGCUCGUUAGCCUUCGAGAACCCUAUCCGUGCGCCGGCCCCUGAUCCUUCUCUGGUGACGGCAGAUGGGGUGUACUACCUAACUUUCACCUCCUACGAUAAGAUCACCAUUGUUCGAUCAAAGACCCUCAACGGUCUGAUCGACGGUGAACAGCGAACAGUAUGGACAGACGCAAACACCACGCGCAACGCCAACAUGUGGGCCCCAGAGCUUCACCAGAUUGAUAACGUCUGGUACAUGUUCUACUCGAGUUGUGACUCGGCUCAGCCCUGCUGUGACAGCUGCAGCACCAGGGUCCUGCGCGGAUGCGACAGUGCCGGGCCCUACGACUGCCAGUUCGAGCAUCUCGCGGAUCUGAUCCCUCCAGAAGGGCAGCGCGGCGGUCGCGACGAUAACUUUGCCUUCAGCAUCGACGGCACCUUUCUCGAGGUACCGGGUUUCGGGCGCUACCAUGUGCUGAGCAUCCGUGACAAAGAGUUCAACCAGGCGCUAGCCAUCACGACGCUCGACACGCAUGAGUGGACGGUCGGCGCGUGGCAUGUCAUUUCCAUCCCCGAUCAGCCGUGGGAGCGGAACGUCACGGGAGCUGCUUCGAUUCCUCAGGCCGAUUUGGUCGGUGUCAACGAAGCCCCUCACCCCCUUGUUCACGGGGACGAUCUCUGGCUUUGUUACUCUGGGUCCAACUGCGGAACGCCCAAUUACUCCCUAGGUCUCCUCCACUGGAACGGUGGUGACCCUCUGCUGGCCUCGUCUUGGGACAAGACGGGCCCGAUCUUCGCACAGGCCAACGGUCUCUACGGCACGGCGCACAACUCGUUUUUCACGUCUCCCGAUGGCACAGAGAUUUGGAACGCGUUCCAUGCCACAAAGCAGGCUGGUGGUUCCUGUGGAGGGGAUAGGUUCACAUCGGCUCACAUUGUCACCUUUGACGAGAACAACGUGCCAAGCUUUGGGGAGCCGCGCCCCAUCGGCGAGGUCCAGGUGCCUCCCAGCGGAGAGCCGGCAUGA